CUCCGUAGUGACGAGAUUGUUGUGAUGUUGCAGAAAUCCGGGCUUGGAAUUGAAGACGAACAUGCGGCUCGGUUCCCAGGACCUUUGGUGCAGCUGCUGAGGGCGGGGGCGAGUACACGCGGUUUAGUCAUUGCUGGAGUUCAUCGCACGGGUAACGAGGAGCGGUCGAUUAGGGAUUGUAGCUCUUUUGGACUCGAUUUGGGAGCUGCAUGCUCCCCUUUCACUCUGUGUGGUCCGGGACUGGGGGUUUGAGAAAACGGGUUGGGGUCACGUAUUAACCUGCAGAGCGGACUGCUGGUACCAGAGUGAGGCCCGAAGUGCCUUGCGGCGUUGGGGAGACCAAGUCAGGUAGGCAGGAGACGGGGCGGUAGGAUCUCUCUCUCUCUCUGGGGAGCUCUGUUUCUGUUCCCCGCUUUCUGCUCCAAGAGCCGCUCCUAAAUAAUUUCUGCUCAGCUAUGUCGCCAGUUUCAGCUGCAGCCCAGGUUCCUACGUUGGUCUCCCUGUUUGACCUCAACGCGGAUGCUCCGGUCCUUCAGGGCCUGAACUUGGUGAGCCACCCUUCUGGGGAGGCUCUGGCCCAAGCUCUGCGGACUUCCUGUCCAGGUUCAGGGGAGAGCACAAGCCCAGAAAGAAAACUCCAGGGUCUGCUUGAUAUUUCAGAAAAGUUAUUUUGUUCAACUUGUGACCAGACCUUCCACAACCACCAGGAACAGAGGGAACAUUAUAAGCUUGACUGGCAUCGGUUUAACCUAAAGCAACGUCUCAAGGACAAGCCUCUCCUGUCUGCCCUGGACUUUGAAAAGCAGAGUUCCACAGGAGAUCUUUCCAGCAUCUCAGGAUCAGAAGACUCAGACUCAGCCAGUGAAGAGGGCUUGCAGAUUCUGGAUGAGGAGAGGGCAGAAUAUGAGAAGCCCAGCAGAGCCCAAGGCUUCCGCCCCCAUCGGGUUCUUUUCCAGAAUGCCCGGGGCCAGUUCCUUGAUGCCUACCGCUGUGUCCUGGGCCCUCGCCAGGUGUUCCCAGAAGAACCAGAACUGCUGCUACAGAACCUGCAAAACGGAGGUCCCAGAUACUGUGUGGUGCUCAUGGCUGCGGCUGGGCACUUUGCUGGUGCCAUUUUUCAAGGAAGAGACGUGGUGACACACAAGACCUUUCACCGCUACACGGUGCGGGCCAAGCGGGGCACAGCCCAGGGAGUUCGGGAUGCCCGGGGUGUGGCUUCUCGUUCUGCCGGAGCCAACCUGAGGCGCUAUAAUGAAGCCACGUUAUAUAAGGAUGUUCGUGACCUGCUGGCAGGGCCGGGCUGGGCUAAAGCACUGGGGGAGGCUGGGACAAUACUGCUACGUGCCCCCCGCUCUGGCCGGUCCUUGUUCUUCGGAGGCCCUGGCGCACCCCUGCAACGGGGGGAUCCCCGGCUUUGGGAUAUCCCCCUCGCUACCCGCAGACCCACCUUCCGGGAGCUACAGCGUGUGCUCCAUAAGCUGACCACUUUGCAUGUCCACGAAGAAGACCCCCGGGAGACAGUCAGGUUGGACUCACCUCGGACACACUGGAAGACCAUGAGAGAGAAGAAGGCUAUCGAGGCAGAAAGAAAGGUCUCCAGUGAUGAAAAUGAGGCACUUGGGCAGAACGAGGAGUCUCCCAAACAGGGUUCAGGGUCGGAGGGAGAGGACAGCUUCCAGGUGGAGUUGGAGCUAGUAGAGUUGGCAGUGGGGACCCUGGAUCUUCGGGAGUUUGAGGUAUUGCCAAAGCGGAGGAGGAGGAAAAGGAAUAAGAAGGAGAGAAGCCGAGACCUGGAGGCUCUUCCCCAGCAAACUCAAGGAGAUGAGGCCUUCUCACAGUCCACCCAGGGACGGGCAGCCCCUGUGGGGCCUUCUCUGGAUGAGGCCAAGACCCCCGAUCAGUCAGAGCUCUGGGACAUGCUUCUAGCUGCUUGCCGAGCUGGAGACGUUGGGAUGUUGAAACUCCAGCUAGCUGCCGGCCCCAUAGACCCUGGAGUUCUGUCUCUGCUCAGUGCCCCCUUGGGCUCCAGCGGCUUCACGCUCCUGCAUGCGGCAGCUGCAGCUGGGAGAGGCUCAGUGGUUCGCCUGCUGCUGGAGGCGGGUGCUGACCCUACUGUGCAGGACUCGAGGGCCCGGCCGCCAUAUACAGUCGCAGCUGACAAGUCAACACGUAAUGAGUUCCGAAGGUUCAUGGAGAAGAAUCCAGAUGCUUAUGAUUACAGCAAGGCUCAGGUGCCAGGGCCCCUGACGCCAGAAAUGGAGGCACAGCAGGCUCUGCGGAAAAGGGAGCAGAAGGCUGCCCGGAGGCAACGGGAAAAACAGCAGCUGCAGCAGCGGGAGCAGGAGGCACGGGAGCAAGAAGAGCGGCGGCGCUUUGCCGCCCUCAGCGAUCGGGAGAAGAGAGCCCUGGCUGCAGAGCGCAGGCUGGCUGCCCAGCUGGGAGCCCCCACCCCUCAGGCCCCAGGCUCUGCAGCCGUCAGUGCUCAACGCUGCUGGAGUUGUGGGACAUUCCUCCAAGGCCUCAUUCCCUUUCACUAUCUCGACUUCUCUUUCUGCUCCACACGCUGCCUCCGGGAUCAUCGCUGCCAGGCUGGAAAGCCCUCUUCCUGA